ACGAGCUAGAGAGAGAGGGACAAAAAGCACGCGCGCGCUUCGUUUGAAAUAAAUACCGUAUACAAACAACGUUAGCCGGAGCAGCGACAUGGCAUCCUCCUCGUUGCUGCUGUUGUUGUCCGUACUGGUGGCCACCACGAUCGGUUGGAGCCAGGGCUUCAAUCUCGAAACGAGCCACUACUCCGUGCACCGUGGCCCGGCCAAGUCCAUGUUCGGCUACUCGGUGGCCGAGUACCGCGACAAGCGGGCCCAAGGCUGGCUGGUGGUCGGCGCCCCCAAGGACCGCACCGAUCAGUUCAACGUGUCGCGCGGCGGCGCCGUCUACAAGUGCGACAUCUACCAGGACAACGCUUGCCAGCCGCUGGGCUUCGAUCACGAGUCCAACAAUCGCAUCAAGUCGCCCAACGGCACCGAGCCCUCCCAGGUGAUCGAUCAGAAAUCCGAUCAACUGUUCGGAGCUACGGUCGCGGCGAGCACCGUGGACGGCGGCCCGAUCCUCGCCUGCGCCCCCAAGUACCACUGGUUCGGCAUCAGCCGGCAGAACACGGUGGCGAAUCUGCGCGACGCCAUCGGUAGCUGUCGGCUGUUGAGCUCGAACGACAACGGCUCCACGAGCAGCGUCGAGUUUUCGCCCUGUCGCAACAACGACACCUCGGGCCACCAUCGACAGGGCAUGUGUCAGGCUGGAAUGAGCGCAGCCCUCACCAAGGACGGCAAACGGCUGUUCAUCGGUGCCCCGGGCAGCUACUACUGGCAGGGUCAGCUGUUCACCGGCGAGUCUCGGCUCAGGAUGCUCUUCGUGCCCCAGAUGAUACGCAGCAAGGACAGGAACCAGGCCGACAAGCUGGCCCCGUCGAUGCUGUCGACCGGUGAGCGGCCCGCCGAGGAGGACAACAGCUAUCUCGGCUACUCCGUGGCGGUGGGCGACUUCACGGGUGUUCUGGGCGAGAGCGGGGUCGCCGUGGGCAUGCCCCGCGGGGCCAAUCUUCGCGGCGAGGUCAUGCUCUACGACUCGACGCUGCGCUACCAUCAAAAGGUCACCGGCGAGCAGAUGGGCGCCUACUUCGGCUACGCUCUGGCGGUGGGCGACAUCGACGGCGACGACAGGGACGAUCUCAUAGUCACCGCGCCCUUCUACAGUCAUCUGAACGACGAGCUGGCCAGCGACAAGAUCGAGACCGGCCGCGUCUACGUCUUCUAUCAGGGCUCGGGCCCGGACAGAUUCCGCAAGUUCCACACUCGCGACGGCGACAGCAAUCGCGGCCAAUUCGGCCUGUCCGUGGCCUCGCUGGGCGACAUCGACCUCGACGGCUACGGCGACUUCGUCGUGGGCGAGCCCUACGGCGGACCCGAGAAUCGCGGCGCUGUCCACAUCUAUCGCGGCACCAAGGACGGCGUCGAGGAGAAGGCCUCGCAGGUCAUACACUCGGAGCAGCUCGUGCAGCCGCUGCAGACGUUCGGCUGGUCGGUGGCCGGCGGCCUCGAUCUCGACCAGAACAAGUAUCCGGACCUCGUGGUGGGCGCUUACGAGUCCAACGCCGCGGCCUACUUCCGCGCCAGGCCCGUCAUCGACCUCACCACCACCAUGGACUUUGUGAGCAAUCCGCAGAAGGAACUCGAUCUGACGAGCAAGGAGUGCCCCCUCGCCGACGGCACAUCGGUCACCUGCGCCGAGCUGAGGGUCUGCCUGCUGUACUCGGCCCAGGGCACCAGGUCCGGCCAGGUGCACGAGUUCAGGGUGCACCUGACGCUCGACGCCGAGAAAAAGAACAAUCCCCGCCUGUACUUCAUGGACCGGGAGAACAGCAACGUCAUCGACUGGCUCGUGGUCACGGCCGAGAUGAAGCAGUCCUGCCGACAGUUCAAGGUCUACGUGUCGCAGCAUCUGCGCGACAAGCUGACGCCUCUGGACGCCUCGAUGGAGGUCGAGCUGGCCGAGCCGACGACGAAUCAGUAUCGCACGAGGGGCUCGCGCGACCCCAAGAAGCAACUGACGGCCGUGCUGGGACCCAAGAACACCAAGAGACGCGUCUCGCUCUCCAUCAAGAAGGACUGCGGCAGCGACAACGUCUGCGUGCCCGAGCUCGAUCUCAAGGUCCAGAAGAACUUCGAUCGCUAUCUGCUCGGCUCGGACAAGAUCAUCGAGCUGGAGGUCGGCAUCGCGAACAGAGGCGAGGACGCCUUCGAGUCCACCUUCAAGAUGCAGCUGCCACCCGGCAUGGACUACAUCAACAUCGAGAAUCGGCCCAAGGACAAGAAGCCCCAGUACGCCGACAGGGGCGAGUUCAAGUACGCGGACAUCAUCGUGCAGUGCAGCGCGCCCAAGCCCGCCAACAACAAUACCCUCAAGUGCGACAUCGGCAAUCCGUUCCCCCAGCGCAGCAAGAUCGCCUUCAAGCUGUAUCUGCAGCCGAGAACGUACGCGGGCAUGAGCCCCGUGUACGAGAUCGCCAUGUCGGUCAACUCGACGAAUCCCGAGAGUCCGGAGAGUAGGCGCAACAACGCCUACAAGGUGGCCUUGCCGGUCUACGUGGAGACGGACAUCAUCGUGGAGGGCGCGAGCAAACCCUACGAGGUCGACUACAAUCUCAACAAUGUCCCAGCCAGCGGCGCCAACAACGAGGUGACCUCGGCCGUGACCAAUCUCGAGUACAGCCCGCUGAUCGUGCACAACUACACGAUACGCAACAACGGGCCGGCCGAGGUGCUGGAGCUCGUCACCUCGCUCAUCUGGCAGGCCGAGAAGUUCUCCGGCGAGGUGCUCAUGUAUCUGAUCGAGCAGCCCGAGGUGUCGAACGAGGCGCUGGUCAGGUGCGAGUCGGCCAACGCCGACUAUCUCAGCGUCAAGACCAGCAUCGGCAGGAGCAACAGGACGGCGGCGGCGGAGAUGCAGAGGACCAGGUACACGCGCGACAUCGUCGAUCGUCUGCCCCUUGCGAAGAUCCUCGAGAAGGAGGACGAGGCGGCCAUAUUCAAGGGCGAGCACCUGUGCGAGAUGGCCCAGUGCGUCACCCUCCAGUGUCAGAUCGGCCCGCUGAGGAAGGACGAGGAGGUGUCCAUCGCGGCCAAGUAUCGCGCCAACGUGCCCGCCAUGAAGAAGGCCAACGAGACGGAGCGCAUCCGCGUCUCCACCAAGAUGCUGUCCAUCGUGACCGCGCAGCCCUUCAUCGGCAAGCCCCAGGAGCGCAUAAUGCGCAGCUACGAGGUCUCGACCGUCAUCGUGCCGACGAGGCCCGCCCAGCCCGCCCAGCCCGUCUCCCUCUGGAUCAUCAUUCUGGCCGUGUGCAUUGGCGUGCUGCUCCUGUUCCUGCUCAUACUGCUGCUGUACAAGUGCGGAUUCUUCAACAGGCACAGGCCGUCCUCGGGAUCGCCCGAGAGCCAGCCGCUCAACAGACAUUGAUCCAUCGACGAAGCAAACGAAAAAAAUUCGAAAUUCUUUUACGAUAGCGAAUUUAGGACGAAUAAUAAUACAUGUUAGGCAUUUCAAGUGCAAUUGUGCCAUGUGCAUCGAGUAAGAGAAAUAUAUUUAUGUUUAAUAUAAUAUUUACAAAAAACUUUAUCAAGAUUAUAUAAUACAUGUUGCUCGGAAAGAAAUUACUUAUUGUAUUUACCAAAGACUUCAAUCAAACGCAACGUUUCAAUUGCUGUAACUUCCACUCGAGAAUAUAGUGACGGAAGUUCAGAACUCAGAUUGUUUUUAAUAACUAGAGGAUUAAGCCUUAACUUUUAUUGAUUGUUAAAAGAUUACUAUAUACUAUUAUACUUGCAUAAUUAAUUAUAUUAACUCAAUAUUGUAUACUUACAAUGCGAACGAUCCUUUGCAUUUCAUUAAUUGUAAAUUUUCAACGAGUGCAUCUAACAAGUACGAAGCUUAUAUCUAUAAUAAUGAAUGUGUUUAGUUAAACGAAUUUUUUUUUAAUUUAAAUUAAUUUUGUAUAUAAAUAGAAAUUGACCUUGUGCAAGGGUGUGUGUUUGCGAGCGUGCACCUGAGUGUUUUUUCCUUUGCGCACAAUGAAUGUACAUUACAAUUUAAUAAGGAAAUAAAUAAUUCAAUAACGCAGAUAUUCUUGUAAAAUAUACGUUUAGUUCGUAGGAAAAUAAUGUUUUAUCAAUUGACUACAGCCAGAAAGUGCUCAUCGCGCUCAAUCGUAGGAAUUGUUAUAUUUUUGUAGUUAUAAAUAAAAUUAAAACGACGAAAAAAACAAUAAAAACAUCUAAUUAAACCAAA